AUGACACGAAUAACAGAGUGGCGGAAGCUGCCUGUGGCGCUGAGCGAGCUUUGUCUCGCAACUACCCUGCGCUGCGGCCAGUCCUUCCGCUGGCGCCAAUGCGACGACCAGACCUGGGCGUGUACGCUGCGUGGCCGCAUCGUACAACUGUCCCAGCCAGACAAAUCACAUAUCCAGUACCGCUCAAUAUGGCCUGCAGCUGCGACCUUCGAAGCGCCUUUGACGCCUCCCUCGUCCAUACCGCCGACCACCUCAGGGGAGGAGGUCGAGAACGACGACACGAAAGCCCUACUCCAAUACUACCUGAACCUCGAACCCAAUCUUGAGGCGCUCUAUGCGCAGUGGUCUGCGUCAGACGCCAAUUUCCGCAAGAAAGCGCCCAAGUUCACGGGAGUGAGGAUAUUGCGGCAAGACGCGUGGGAGGCAUUGAUUGGAUUUAUAUGCAGCAGUAACAAUAACAUCGUCAGGAUAUCGCAGAUGGUGGACAAGCUGUGCACGCAUUACGGGGCGUACAUCGGCACGCUGCAAGGCCGGGCGUACCACGACUUCCCGCCGCCAUCGGCGUUAACAGGCAGGAAUGUCGAGGCGCAUCUGAGAGAGUUGGGCUUUGGCUACAGAGCAAAGUACAUCUAUCAGACGGCCAAGAUGAUCGCCGAAGAACGAGACGCCGGAUGGCUGGAUAGUCUGCGCAAUCCCGAGUCGCCGGCCUAUGGCACCACGAGUCCCUCACCGGCCGGCGAAAUGAAACCAGAAGGCCGAGAUGGUUACCGCAUCGCGCAUGGGAAACUGCUUGACCUUCAAGGCGUGGGGCCAAAGGUCGCCGACUGUGUCUGUCUCAUGGGACUGGGCUGGGGCGAAGUAGUGCCCGUGGAUACCCACGUCUUGCAAAUCGCGCAGCGGGAUUACAAGCUGGCAAAAGGCAAGACCAGUAGCAUGACUAAAGCGACGUAUGAUACGGUUGCGAAUCACUUCCGCAAAAUUUGGGGCAAGGAAGCGGGCUGGGCGCACAGCGUGCUCUUCACGGCGGAUCUGAGAACGUUUGCGGAGAGGCUGACGACGAAGGCAGAGGUGGGAGUGGUGAUGGAGGCGGGCAUGAAAGAAGAUCCUGUGAAGCGGGAGGAUGACGAGGCCGAAGUAGUCGAGAAAACGACGAUACGGCGGGUUGCGCUGAAAAGACACCGCGAGGAAGAUGAUAAGGCGAAAACUGUGGUACAGAUCGAGGAGAUCACCACUAGUGCCAGCGAAAGGGUCAAACGACGACGACGACGUAGUAGACGAUGA